CUGCCUUCGUCGUCGGAGAGCGGGGACGCUGGGCGCGCUGUCGGGCGGGGGAGAGGUUCGGGCCGGUUGUGCCGUUGCGAGGCUGCAGCUGCGAUCGCGGCGGUCGGCCUAGAACUGUAUCCUGACUUUGUAAAUUGGAGAAGCCAGCAGCACUGCCAGUAUUCUUUACAGGGAGUGUCUGUUUGGGAUCCACAGCAAGUCAAACAUUGUUCAAAUAAGGAAUAAUUGAAGACUGACUCUUUCUCCAGAGAUGUCAAAAACAAACAAAUCCAAAUCUGGAUCUCGCUCUUCAAGGUCAAGAUCUGCAUCAAGAUCUCGUUCUCGUUCAUUUUCGAAGUCUCGGUCCCGAAGUCGUUCUGUCUCUCGUUCAAGGAAGCGCCGGCUGAGUUCUAGGUCUCGUUCCAGAUCAUACUCUCCAGCUCAUAACAGAGAGAGAAACCACCCAAGAGUCUAUCAGAAUCGGGAUUUUCGAGGUCACAACAGAGGUUAUAGAAGGCCCUAUUAUUUCCGAGGGCGCAACAGAGGCUUUUAUCCUUGGGGCCAGUAUAACCGAGGAGGCUAUGGAAACUACCGAUCAAACUGGCAAAAUUACCGGCAAGCUUACAGCCCUCGUCGUGGCCGCUCCCGGUCCCGCUCGCCAAAGAGAAGGUCCCCCUCACCGAGGUCCAGGAGCCAUUCUAGAAACUCCGAUAAGUCUUCCUCUGACAGGUCAAGGCGCUCUUCAUCCUCUCGUUCUUCCUCCAACCAUAGCCGAGUUGAGUCUUCCAAGCGCAAGUCUGCAAAGGAGAAAAAGUCCUCUUCCAAGGAUAGCCGGCCAUCUCAGGCCGCUGGCGAUAACCAGGGAGAUGAGAGCAAGGAGCAGACAUUCUCUGGAGGCGCUUCUCAAGAUUCAAAGGCAUCUGACAGCUCAAAGCCAUGGCCAGAUGCCUCUGGUUACAGUGCUGGUUCUGCGUCACGGGGCUCGGGAGUUUCGGAGCUGAGUCCGCGGGAGCGAAGCCCUGCUCUUAAAAGUCCCCUUCAGUCUGUGGUGGUGAGGCGGCGAUCACCCCGUCCUAGUCCUGUGCCAAAACCUAGCCCUCCACUUUCCAGUACAUCUCAGAUGGGCUCGUCUCUGCAGAGUGGUUCUGGUUACCAGGCAGGAGCACACCAAGGUCAGUUUGACCACAGCUCCGGGUCCUUGAGCCCAUCCAAAAAGAGCCCUGUGGGUAAGAGCCCACCAACCACUGGCUCCGCGUAUGGCUCAUCUCAGAAGGAGGAAUCUGCUCCUGGAGGAGCAGCGUAUUCAAAGAGGUAUUUAGAAGAGCAGAAGACAGAGAAUGGAAAAGACAAGGAACAGAAACAAACAAGUAGCGAUAAAGAGAAAAUGAAAGAGAAAGGGAGCUUCUCUGACACAGGCUUGGGCGAUGCAAAAAUGAAAUCUGAUCCGUUUGCUCCCAAGACUGAUCUUGAAAAAUCUUUUCGAGGUAGCCAGUCGCCCAAAAGGUAUAAGCUUCGAGAUGACUUUGAAAAGAAGAUGACUGAUUUCCACAAGGAUGAGAUGGAUGAUCAAGAUAAGGACAAGGCUAAGGGAAGGAAGGAAUCCGAAUUUGAUGAUGAACCCAAAUUUAUGUCGAAAGUUAUAGCAGGUGCAAACAAAAGCCAGGAGGAGGAGAAGUCUGGCAAAUGGGAGGGCCUGGUGUAUGCAGCUCCUGGGAAGGAGAAGCCGAGGAAAACAGAGGAGCUAGAGGAGGAGUCCUUCUCUGAGAGAUCCAAAAAGGAGGAUCGGGGAGGGUCCAAGAGAAAUGAGAGUGGGCACCGGGGAUUUGUGCCUGAGAAGAAUUUCCGAGUGACCGCUUACAAAGCAGUCCAAGAGAAAAGCUCAUCACCUCCCCCCAGAAAGACCUCUGAGAGCCGAGAGAAGCUGUCAGGCAAAGGAGACUUUUCCACAGGGAAGUCUUCCUUUUCCAUUACUCGAGAGGCCCAGGUCAAUGUCCGGAUGGACUCCUUUGAUGAGGACCUUGCCAGACCCAGUGGCUUAUUGGCUCAAGAACGGAAGCUUUCUCGGGACCUAGUUCAUAGCAACAAAAAGGAACAGGAAUUCCGCUCCAUUUUCCAGCACAUACAGUCAGCUCAGUCUCAGCGGAGCCCCUCAGAACUUUUUGCCCAGCAUAUUGUGACCAUCGUUCACCAUGUUAAAGAACAUCACUUUGGAUCCUCAGGAAUGACGUUACAUGAACGCUUUACUAAAUACCUAAAGAGGGGAACUGAGCAGGAGGCAGCUAAAAACAAGAAAAGCCCAGAGAUACACAGGAGGAUAGACAUUUCCCCCAGUACAUUCAGGAAACAUGGUUUGACUCAUGACGAAAUGAAAAGCCCUCGGGAACCUGGCUACAAGGCUGAGGGAAAAUAUAAAGAUGACCCUGUUGAUCUCCGCCUUGAUAUUGAACGUCGUAAAAAACAUAAGGAGAGAGAUCUUAAAAGAGGUAAAUCAAGAGAAUCAGUGGAUUCCCGAGACUCAAGCCACUCGAGGGAAAGAUCAGCUGAGAAAACGGAGAAAACUCAUAAAGGAUCAAAGAAGCAGAAGAAGCACCGGAGAACACGGGACCGGUCCAGGUCCUCAUCAUCUUCCUCCCAGUCAUCCCACUCUUACAAAGCGGAGGAGUACACUGAAGAGACUGAGGAGAGGGAGGAGAGCACCACGGGCUUUGACAAAUCAAGACUGGGGACCAAAGACUUUGUGGGUCCAAGUGAACGAGGAGGCAGAGCACGAGGGACCUUUCAAUUUCGAGCCAGAGGAAGAGGCUGGGGCAGAGGCAACUACUCUGGUAACAAUAACAACACCACCAACAAUGAUUUUCAGAAGAGAAACCGGGAAGAGGAGUGGGACCCUGAGUACACACCCAAAAGCAAGAAGUAUUACUUGCAUGAUGACCGUGAAGGUGAAGGCAAUGAGAAGUGGGUGAGCCGAGGCCGUGGCCGAGGAGCCUUUCCCCGGGGCCGGGGUCGGUUCAUGUUCCGGAAAUCCAGCACCAGCCCCAAAUGGGCCCACGACAAGUUCAGUGGGGAGGAGGGGGAGAUUGAAGAUGACGAGAGUGGGACAGAGAACCGUGAAGAGAAAGACAAUUUGCAGCCCACGACCGAGUAAGGGCCAGUCUCACGGGAGCCCCUGCCAGGGGAGAGGCGCUGGGAAGAUGGCUGGUGAAGAGCUAAACAGAGGAGCCCCAAGGAGACUGUGUGAACACCUUACCCCUACCCCCGCCUGCCGUGCAGAGUCCCACUAGAGCUGAAAGCGGCCUGCCACCGUGUCCCCUCGACCGAGGCAGCCGGCUGUGGAGCUAGGGUCAGGCCCAGCUCUGAGCAGAAGACAACACAUUGGGCUUUAGUUGUUUUUCUCCUUCAUUGUUGGUGUGUGGACUGUGGGCUGGGCUGGGGUAGGGGAGAAUGAUACUUGGAUUUUGGUUUGUUCCCUAUUAGAAACCAACAGUUUCGUUCUUAAUUUCAUUUCAUUUGGAGCUAAGAAGACUAAUAUGAUGAUUUUCAUUCUUUUUUUUUCCCCUGAUUUUCAAAGCUCCUCCCCCUUUUUUAGGCAUAUGUAGUAACAUUAGCAGAGUUAAUUUGGACAACUUUGAUUCUAUAAAGAGAAAACAGCAUGUGAAUAAACAUUGAAGUGUUCGCCUCAGUUUGGGACCAAACUGCUUGGAUCUUUGUUAAAAAAUCGGUUUUGUAUGUUGAGGAGGAGUUUAAGGCCUUUCUGUGCAUCAUCCCCUUUGCUGUCCGGCCAUGUAUCUAUCACAUAUGGCGACGCUCCUAAACACAUCCCACGUGCUCCCCACCCCCCGAUAUUUUCUGAUUUCUUCUGGGCUGGGCUUCUUCCCCUUUUCCACCAGCAGCUCCAGCAUCCCAACUUUCUAGCCCUGCUGAUCUUCAGCUCAACAGGAGUAGAAACUGGGUGGCAGUUCCUGGUCUGUUUUCUAAGAAACUUCUGAAUUCUAUUAUCUUUACAAAUAUAAGAUGAGAAAAUAAUUUUUUCAAUAUUUUUUAUUAAUCUUUUUAUAAAAUGAAAAACUCCUAUGCUCGAUUAAGGAAGGUGGUUAUAGCUGGGUGGUUAGUGGGUUUUGGGUUUUUUUGGGGGGUGUGUUUGGGUUUUUUUCCCUUUGGUGUUUUUGGUUUUGUUUUUGGGUUUUUUUGGUGUGUUUUUUUUUUUUCCAAACCUUGAGCUUUAAGUUGAAACAUUCUCUCAGAUGUUGGGGUGGGGGGCAUCCUCUUCAAAUGGGUCCUUGUGCUUGCCUUCCGGGGAGGCAGUCCUGAGCAGGCGAAUCAUAAAGCAUUCUUGCAUAUAUUCUAUGCAGUUUGCACCCUUCUUUCCCCCCCAACCUUUGCCUAUUGGGUUGUUACGCUACUUCUCCUUCCUUUGCUACAUUUCUAUAGUUAAAACUUGGUUUACUUGAAUGAUUCAUGUUUAGGGGAAAAAAAAUGAAAACACUUAAAAUUUGUUUCAACUCCUCCUGCAAAUAAAAAUAAAAAUGAAGUGGCA